AUGGCCGACCGUUUCCCCUCAUUGGAGGACUUCUCCGCGGGUCAAACCGAAGCUAUCGAAACCAAUGGCACAGACGAGAACGACUUUUUAGCCCGUGAAAGAGCCCUCCUAGGCGACGAUGCCGACCAAUUCGCAACUUCCCAAGACCAAGCCGCGUCUACAGAUGUCAACAAUGACGAACUACUGGGUGGCCCAGAAGAGACCCAGGCCAGCGCUGGUCCCGAGAUCUCCGGCUUCGAAUCCGCUUUUCCUGCCAUAGAAACCCAGAACGAGCAAGUUGCUCCUGGCGGCACCAUCACUGGAACUGGAGCGCCCUUCCCGCCCACUGGAUACUCAAGCUAUCAGGCUCCUGAGGAGGAAUCCGAACCAGUUAGGGAGUGGCGCGAGAAGCGGGAUGCAGACAUCGCACGACGGGCAGAGAUCUCGAACGAAAAGAAGGAAAGUACCAUUACCAAGGCUAGGGAGGAUAUCGACGACUUCUACGUGUCCUACAACAACAAGACGGAUAAGCUUCGUGCCCAGACCCGCGCCGAAGCAGAGCAGUUCCUGGCGAACCGCGAAAACACAUCGUCUGGCGGAACAAGCUGGGAACGUAUUGCGAAACUCGUGGAUGUUUCUGGGAAGGGCAUCAGAGGCGGUGCUAGCGGAUCAGGCAAGGAGCGUUUCCGAGAGUUGUUGCUAGAUCUCAAGAAGGAUGAGAAGGCUCCUGGCGCUAGCGGGGUUUGA